AUGGCGACCGCACUCCAGCAGCAACUUGCUGCCAUCGCAGCGAACAGCACACAUCAACUCGACUUGAAGGCGCAAAAGACCCGGCACAGCAAAUCACUGCUCUUCGAAUCACGAGACGCAGCAUCACAGAGUUUUGACACCAUAUACCAGAUAUGUAUAGAAGGUUUUGAAGAGCUGUGUAUGCUCGACAUACGAUUUGCGGGCUUUGGACGGAACCUUUUCAGCGAGCAAAGCAAGAAUGAGGAUAGGACACAGAUGACCGCUGCCGAGAAUGCAGAACUGGACAAGACGGCGGAGAGCUUCCUUGGUCUUAUCAGCGGCAGACUGUUGUUGAAGCCUGCUAUGAAGGCGGUGGAAUGGCUGGUGAGACGAUUCCGAGUGCAGGAGUACAACACUGAGGCGAUACUCUUGACAUUCCUACCAUACCACACAUCGCACAUCUUCCCGACACUGCUAUCGAUAUUGCCGGAACAGCUCCCAGCCACUUUCCGGUUUCUCCAUCCAUAUGUAGCCGCGUUGCAGAGCCCACCACGACAUGCCAUCCUCACUGCAGCCAUCACCAACCAAGGAUUCUUCUCUGCUUUCAGCCAAUAUGUCCUGGGGGUGGCGCGAGCAAAGUUCCAUUCUGCGAUGCUUCUCGGACUGUGGGCGAGCAUCACGGCUCAGGCAGUCAACGGUAUGAUCGACACGACACGAUCUGGUCGAGAUACUGUCCGAAAGCAAAGAGAAGAGGACUUGCUCUUGCGGGUGCUACCGAUCUUGCAAUCUGCUCUGAGCAUCAAGGGUGUACCCGAGCUGUAUCUUGGAGCUUGCAUGAUCUUGACUAUCUUGGCCACAAAAGCCUCACUUCAUGACAAGGUCCUGGAUGCUAUGAUGGAAGCUAUAGCUGGCGCGUGGACGUUACAGACUGUCGAUGAUGGUUUGACAUGCUUGUCUGUUCUGGCAGAGGAGAAGGAGCAGCUAGGUGUACCGAAGGCGGUGGCAAAAGCUAUACAGGCGAGCGAUGGCUCGCUGCAGCGUCUUAUUCAACGACAUCAGGCAGAUGGCCUUGUGCUUGGUUUGGCAAUGGCGGCGCCGGAACUGCUAGAGCAAGCCGAUCUGCUUCUCCUUAUACAGCAUGCUGCGAAACGCAAGAACUUCGACCUGAGCAGGUUGUCUGGUCGGCUUGCACUUCCGGCUGCCCAGAUGGAAGUCGCACAGGAGGAAGAAGAGCCCGAAAGCAUGGAUAUUGACGAACAAGCCGCGGAUGAAGUCGAUACGCUUGGCCCCCUUCUGGAUGCACUUCCCGCUGUGAGCGGUAAAACCUCCUUCCUAGGACCUGACCAGGACGAGCUGUUCGAACAAUAUCUCUCAGCGUUGCAAAUGGCCUGUAGUAGCGCAAAGAAUGCUCAUCGAGUCUUGGAUCUUCCAGCGCUACGACCGAAGGAGAUCGCUCAUAGCGCUGUCUACCUGACUUUUAUGGCGAGAGUAUGGCUUUGCAGCCACCAGAUUUCCGCACGCACUGCUGCUCUUGACGCAGCGUGUUCCGCACUUGUCGACCACAAGCGCGCUCCAGCCUUGGACCUCCAGACUCUGCUACCCGCUGUUGUUGUCGCACUAUCAGACAGCUCGCAGAAAGUGCGAAGGUCUGCUGCGAGCUUAUGCAAGCUCAUGCAUCAGUCGUAUGGCGAUGGUAAAGCCGCCCAAGUAUGGUGCGCCAAGUCUAUCUACGGCGAGCGCUCAUCGUCAAUACACCACUUGUCAUCACAAGACGCAAACCGCUUCGUUGCUUCAGCACUUCUCCCCAUCCUGGAUGACUGUGUCCUUGACCGCGAAGUCGUUAGCCGGGCUUUAGCCGAAGCAAUCAAAGGUGCAGAAGGCUCAGCCAACAAAGACGCGAAGCCAAUGAAACAGUCACUACGAGCUGACAUUGCGACUUAUCUUGCAAGUCAUGCUGUUGCAACAUCUUCAACGGCCAUGCAGCUGUGUCUGCUGACCAUGGUCAACAAGGUCGGCAAAGCGGGCGCAGAUGCGAGGAAGAAGGUCUUAACUCCUUUCAUCCGGGACUAUAGCAAGCAAGAUUCUCGUGGGCAAGAUGUGGACAGAGCAGUGCUUCGUACAAUGUCCAGCAGGACUGGAGAGGAGCUGGACGUGCUUCGAUCCGUUGCGGAAAGCAAUACACAUCUUGCUAGCGUAGCACUAGAGCGCUUGCGCAGCCUGUUCAGCGCGAUGACGGAAGCGUCUCAGGUUGCCACUGCCGACUUCAUGCUCCAGCUGGCACUGCGCAGCUCGCAAAGCGAUGCACUUGAGACACUUCGCACCCUCCCAUAUACCACACCAGUCUUGGUGCAUCUGGUCAAUGACUUACCAGAGGCCUCGAGUCUGCAGGACCAGCCUUCGUCAGCCAAGAAAAGGCGCAUGAGCGUUAAUAGCACUUCAGGAACACGUAAAGCUGAUUCUGCAGCUAUCAAUGCGGCUGUGCAGAGAGUAACACUAGUCCUCGAGCUGGUGGAAGGCUCAAAGCCAGAGAAGCAUGUACAGCUCCUUGAAGGCCUUUUCCAUUUGCUUGGCGAGCUUCAUAUUUACAAGGCCAUGCUCGACUCGCAGCUUGUCUAUCUUCAAGGCCUACUCAUGAGCUGUCUACUAGCCGUCGUCAAUGGCCUCAAGACUGGCACAGCGAGCAGCGAGAUCGACCGCUCUGUCAUUCGCGCCGAUCUUAUUGUUGAGACUGUCCGCACAACGUCCAGCACACAGGUUCACAACACAGCGCUCCUCCUCAUCUCCAGCCUCGCAUCAUGGGCCCCAGAUCUGGUUUUGCAUAGUGUUAUGCCGCUUUUCACGUUCAUGAGCACCACACUUCUACGUCAGGGCGAUGACUUCUCGGCACACGUCACGGAUCAGACAGUGUCGAGGAUAGUACCUCCUUUGGCAGCGUCGCUGAAGAAAAGAGGCAAAGACUUAGUCAGUGGUGCUUCGGAACUGCUAUUGAGCUUCACCGCCGCUUUCGAGCACAUUCCAUUGCAUAGGCGAAGCGGGCUGUUCAGGCAUCUAGUGCAGACUCUAGGACCGGAGGAGUCGCUGUUUGCGGUGAUGGCUAUGCUGGUCGAACGUUAUCCUGAUGACGAUCGAGUCAGACCGUUUGUGAGCGAGCUGAUGAGCCACUUCAAUGUUGAAGUACAGCUGCGAGCUCUGAAGCAGUAUCUUGAUCUAGUCUUCGAUGGCCUCAAGGCCAAGCGUACGCUCUCGGACACAAUCCUGGCUUUUGGCGAGAAGGAUUCGGAGCAGAUCGAGGAGUCGAUCGAUAAUCUACUACAAGCCCUCGCCACGCUUAUGCAAGCGCCUGCUUUACGAAAGAGGGUCGCGAAGUUCUUUGCGCAAGGAGGCGCGACGAUUGAUAUGCUACAAGGCAUCUACGCCCAGCUUCUCGAACAGGCCAUGCGACUCAACCGUGACCUAGUCAAUAAUGACGAGCUUCGCGACUCCGCGGCAGAGCUUCUCGCAUCUCUGCUUCGUCUCACGCCGACGAAAGACUUCAUCGAGUCUUCAGCCCAACUCAUGCAGACGGGCUCGGACGAGACACGUCAACAAGUCUUCCACGCACUCGAAGCUCGGGUCCUGGAGGCUAAGCGUGGCGACGCAGAAUUGCAGCAGACGUUCCUCGAAGUGUUGCCCAAUUGUGGGGUGUUCGUGCAAGCUGAGCAGCCUGUUGGCGUCAGACAUGCGGCCAUUACUUGUAUGGAUCAGAUCGUUGAGAAGUAUGGGAAGAGGGAUAGGGAUGCGGUAUUGCAAGCUGCGCAGGCUGUAGCUGGAAAUGCUGCAUUGGGUAGUGAGGACGGUGGGCUACGGGUCAUCUCGAUCUUGUGCUUGGCUUCGAUGGUCGAGGUGCUGGGCGGUAUGUUUAUCCCUAUCUUGCCGCAGGUGCUCGGCAAAGUCCUCGAGUAUCUCGAAGGAGAAGUGGGAGCCGGUAAGGCGAAGGACAAGCUGCAGGACGCGGCAUUCGGCUUCACGUCAGCCGUUCUGGAUCAUCUGCCUUGGAUGUACUCGGACGACUACCUGGACUCUACUCUCGAACUGGCUGGCAAGCUGCAACAGGGUGACAACCAUGCGGCUAAGCAAUUCUGUUCCCUUGCAGCCACAAACAUCAGUGCAAGCACUUUGCUCACAUCACUGGAUCGCACUUUUGCCACGAUCGUGGAUGACGGCCAUCAGGCUGCCGCCGAGCAGUACUUGGACACCUUGAGCCUGGCCAUUAAAAAGCACAAGAAGAUGACACUGAUCGAGAACUCUGCAGCCCUAUUCGGCAUCCUACUGAAAGCAUUUGACUUGCGUCGCACGAAGACAACUACAGACGACCAAGACUACACCACCAUCUUCACCAAAAUCGACACCAUCGCCCUCGAAACCGUCCUCAAGCUCGACGACAAAACCUUCCGACCCUUCUUCAUCCGCCUCGUCGACUGGUCCUCCACCGGCCUCCCAAAGAAAGACCCCCCCGGCCGCCUCCUCCGAGCCACAAGUCUCUACAGCUUCGCCCAUCGCUUCUUCGACCAGCUACAAUCGAUAGUAACGAGCUACGCAAGCUACAUCCUCGAAGACGCCGCCUCGCUCCUCACAACCUUGCCCGCUCAAACCGACUCCGAGCGAAACCUCCUCGAUGUUCUAUUGCAAGCGCUCACGAGUAACUUCACCAACGACCAAGACGAUUUCUGGCAGUCCCCCGCCCAUUUCACCACCAUCGCCUCCCCUCUCCUUAUCCAACUGGAGAAAGCACAAACCUUACCUUCUCCCACCAUAACAACCCACGUCAUCCCCGCCAUCACAGCCCUGGCCGCCGCCGCUUCGUCGCCAGACCACCAUAAGAAUAUGAAUACGUCGAUAAUGGCAUAUAUGCGCCACGCCUCACCAGAAGUGAGAUUGGCGGCCGUGAAGUGCGAGAGGGCUAUUUCGGAGCGGUUGGGUCUGGAUUGGUUGAGUCUGUUGCCGGAGAUGCUUCCUUUUAUCUCGGAGGCGCAGGAGGAUGAUUCGGAAGAGGUGGAGAGGGAGGUGUUGAGGUGGGUGAGGCAGGUUGAGGGGGUUACGGGGGAGAGUUUGGAGGGGAUGUUGCAGUGA